AUGGCCAUGGGCUCUGUCGUUGGACUGAGAGGUCAACGGUGUCCUCAACGUCCCUUCCGCACCGUGCCCGCACCCACCAACUACCUAGCUAUCCGGAACACACAACACGCACGCUCUGAGCCUCCAACCAGUGUCAACGACUGGUCAGUGUUUACUACCUCUAGCCGACGUACCAACACACCUCCUGCGGCCUUUAUCCGGCAGUCGACGCCUCCAACAUUCGACCUGCAUACUCGUGCAGACAGCUUUGUGCGUAACGCUACGGAUAUUCAAUGUCAGAUUCGGGGGCCGUUUGGGUGCCUCAAUGCCCACCUUCUGCGUGGACGUCAAGCAUACCAAGAGGCCGAUGUGACCUGUCAUCUCGUAGACGAGAUGCGCGGUCGAUCACCGCUAGAAUCCUCAAUAGGGACUGCAACUGUUUCGUCUCCUCGUUUGGCUAUUAUUGUUCAUGGCCUAAUUGAUAGCUUGCCACCCCAAAUCUUGGACUCGAGCUUCCUGACACAUGGUAAUCACCGCUUUUUGGGCGAAGCUGAGAGAGUAAUGAUUGACGCAAGACUGGGAUCCAAGUCUCAAGACAGCCCCAUUUCGAAGCUCCAUCAGAUCUACGAACGAUCCCUCCCUCAAUCUCCUGAUCAUCUCCAUGGAAAACACCAAAAGCUCGGUAACAUGCUCAUGGACGACAGGCAUACCUAG